AUGAGUGAGACCCCAUCUCAGCCUACAACCACUCCCGCCCGCCGUCGUAACGGUCGUGGCAAUGGCCGUCCUGCUGCUCAGAAGGCUUAUGCCUCGGAGAAUGACGUCGCCUCAAUUGAUCCUGCACGUCACGAUCGCGCUCCACGAACUCCUCAGAAGGGAGCUGGUACCGAUUCUCCUCAUGCGCAGCUGAGCCAUACCAAUUCGAAACAGCGACCUAGGAAUGCAAACAAUAAUAACAAUAACAACAACAACAAACACCGCGGGAAGAAUGGUCCUCACUCACCUGAGUCUGCUCGGCCUGGUCGUCGCACUCCACCACAUCAAUCUUCAUCCAUGAAGUCGGUCUCUGCCUUUGCCGGAGCCACUUUCCAUGCAUCUCCUGCGCCAUCUGCCUUGCCUCUCCCUAGUUUUGUCUCUCGUUCGGUAACCGAGUCGCCUAGCGUCAGCAAGACAUCUCGAGACAUCCUACAGGAACCCUCGCCACCUACCGAUACCGAAGCGCCCACUCCUUUGCGCCAGAGUGCAUCAGGUGCCCAGGAAUCUCCGCUUGAUUUCAUGUUUCGUGCCCACCGUCAAGAGAAGGAACGUCAACGCAGCGAGAGCACUAGCAGCUUCCGCCCUUCAGGCCUCGUCACUGAAUCACCCUCUGCCCAGUCUCCCUUUGGGCAUGGUAGCAUCCCAAAACCUGCAACUCUCCCUCAGACAGCCCGCACCCAAACACGCUUCCAGUCUGGUGGUAUCGACAGUGUUGAGCUGGACGGGACUCCAGGUCGUCCCAUGGGCCCGGCGUUUUCGACACCUUAUCAAGAGCGCAUUAAGGCUGCUCGGUCUAACUCUGCUCGGUCUCCUACUGAUCUAUCCGCCACCCAGCCGAAACCCAACGCUGUACCUGAAGAUCCUACUGAGGCCCUAAAGAAAUUCCUAUUUAUCGGAAACGGAACAAAUGCCUCUCAAUCUGCCCCUACUGGAUUUGCACCUGCACCUGCACCUGCGCCCGCACCCCCUGCUCAACACUACAACUAUGCCAGGAGUGUUCCUAGUGUCCCAGCUCCUUGCGAUGGCCGCUCAAACAACCUCCAAGCUAUGGAAAACGAUCUUCGGCGCAUUCUCAAGCUGGACUUGAGCACUGGAUCGCCAGGAGCGGACCAGCGUUUGUUCUCAUAA